CUAAAGCCUCUAGGUUGAAGUAGAGAUUGGAUAGGAGUCUAUGCAACACUGAAUGGCAACAGAAAUUCCCCAAAACAACAGUGUUCCAUCUCCCCAAGAUUAAAUCGAAUCACAGACCUAUCCUCACCAACACUAUGGAUGAAAAAAGAAAACAGAACCAGGUGAGAAGGUUUCAGUUUCUGGCUUCUUGGCUUGCCCAUGAGAAUUUUUUCCCUUUCAUCUCUUCCUCCUGGACUACUGGCUGUGAGUUUCCUGACUCUUUGCAGAAGUUCAAGGGUGAACUGAUGACAUGGAAUAAAGAAGUGUAUGGGAACAUUUUCAAGAGAAAGAAACAGCUCCUCCAUGAGCUCAAUUCUCUGGAAAUGUUGAAUGGAAAAAGACCUACCACUAGUACACUGGAGAAGGAGCAAAGCACAAGAGAGGAACUGGAAAAAACCCUCUGGCAGGAAGAACGACUUUGGAUCCAGAAGUCCAGAACCAACUGGGUGGUUAGAGGUGACAUGAACACACGUUACUUCCACAACAGUACAAUCAGCAGAAGGAAAAGGAACAUGAUCAGUUACCUGAAGGAUGAUCAAGGAAAAUGGAUUGAUGAUGAAACUGAGCUCCAUAAGUUGGCCAGGGAGUAUUUUCUCAACCUUUUCACUUCGAAUCUAGCUAGGGAUAUCCAUGGUGUGCCUGCUGAUUUCCCUGAGAUUUGUGAUGAAUUGCUUAGAAGACUAGGUGAUAAACCUAAUAAGGAGACUGGUAAGGCUGUGAUCAUGGACAUGAGUGGACUCAAAGCUCCUGGGAAAGAUGGCUUCCAAGCCAUCUUCUUUCAUAAAUGCUGGAGUUCUAUUGGAAAUGAUUUCUUCUUGUUCAUCCUGUCUUGCUUUCUUAACCCAUCUAGAAUUCAAGAUAUGAAUGAAACCCUUCUUGCCCUGAUUCCAAAAAUUGAAAGACCCUCUAAUAUGAGUCAGUUUAGACCUAUCAGUAUGUGCAAUGUUAGUUAUAAGGUGGUGGCUAAGAUCCUUGCAAACAAACUGAAACCCCUUAUGCCUAUCCUUGUCCAGAAAAACCAGUCUAGCUUCAUCCCAAACAGAGACAUUACUGACAAUAUCAUCAUCCUACAGGAAACAGUGCAUUCCAUGGCUAGGAGGAGUGGAAAGAAGGGUCUUAUGCUUCUGAAGAUCGACCUGGCCAAAGCAUAUGACAGGCUGGAAUGGGAUUUUUUGGAAGAUACCCUUAAAGAUGUUAGACUCCCUAACAGUUUCAUCUCCAUGAUCAUGAAAUGUGUUUCAUCUACCAGCUUCCAGGUUCUGUGGAAUGGGAGUGAGACUGAGAGCUUCAAGCCCUCACAUGGGUUAAGACAGGGAUGCCCCCUCUCCCCUUACCUGUUUACACUUUGUAUGGAGAGACUUAGUCAUUGUAUUCAGAAAGAGGUGAUGAAAGGGAAUUGGAAACCCUGUAGACUUUCUCCAGGGGGGCCAGCCCUCUCACACCUCUUUUUUGCUGAUGAUCUUGUUCUGUUUGCUGAGGCAAGCCCUCAUCAUGCUGAUAUCAUUCUAGAUUCCCUGAACCGUUUCUGCAUUGCAUCAGGGGAGAUGGUCAGUAAGGAAAAAUCGAGAGUGUUCUUUUCUAAAAAUGUUAAGAACCAGAAUAGGAAGGAGAUCUGUAGUAGACUUGGAAUCCAAUCUACUACUGAUCUUGGGAGAUAUCUUGGAGUUCCAGUUUUACAUGGUCGACUUACUAUUAGCACUUACUAGUACAUUAUAGAUAGGAUUGACCAAAAAUUGUCUAACUGGAAAGCUAAGAACUUGUCCCUUGCUGGCAGGGUCACCCUUGCCAUGUCUGUGCUUAACUCUUUACCUACCUAUGCAAUGCAAACCACUCCCCUCCCCCUGUUAGUAUGUGAAACUAUUGACAGAAAAGUGAGAGGUUUUGUGUGGGGUUCUGUUGAUGGCAAAAAGAAACCCCACUUGGUCUCCUGGGAGAAUAUCUGUAGACCUAAAGACCAAGGGGGAUUGGGGUUAAAAUCUGCCCGCAACAUGAACAUGGCUUUCAUGAUUAAGUUGGGAUGACAAAUGUUGAAUAAUGAGUCUGAUUUGUG